CAUAUCUUUAACUGAUUGUAACCAAACUUGCUUGUAAAUUCCCUGUGGCAUUUCAACUCAGUACUCUUCGUAUGAUCUGGAACUUGACACCUGAGCAUACUACUAUUAGACUUCCCUAUUGGCUGCAGAUCCAAUUAAAUCCAAGAUGAUUAUAAGAUGUUGCUCAACUUGGUCAAUCUUUUCCUAAGGAUCUUCUAGGUUUAUUAUUUUUUUUCACUGCCUGCUUAUUCAUCAGGUACAAAGGUUGAACAAAAACAAAGUGCUGUUGCAUCAUAUUAUUUCUUGUCAGUGCACUGAAAAAUCUCUAUUCUGUACAUAUGCUGCUCUAACAAGCAACAGAAAGGCUCUAAACAUGACACUGUCUUGGCUUGUGAUCUGUGCUGGAACACUGUUUUUGAAUUCUGUCUCUGCUGACUGCAACUUUACUUCUCAAACGGUCACUUGUGAGACAUCUGGAAAGAACCUCUCUAAUAUACCCACUAAUCUUUACCAAAAUGUUACUAUGUUAAACCUCAAAAAUAAUAAAAUCACUUUAAACGACAUCGACAAAGAGAUUCUUCAAAGUUUUAUUAAACUCACUGAACUCUACCUGAAUGAAAACAUGAUUAUUGUACUGUAUAACAAUAGCUUCUGCAAUCUGACAAAACUGGUAAUUCUGGAUAUCAGCAGCAACCGUAUUAGCACAGUUCAUAAAACAGCAUUUGCAGGAUUAAACCAACUGUCAGUGUUGAAUCUAUCCUAUAAUAUGAUUACUCAACUAGAUUCUUAUACAUUUACUUCUCUAAAAAGCCUGACAGCUUUAGAUCUACAGCAUAACUCUCUGAGAUAUUUUCAUAUAAAAUCACCCUUUAAAUUGAUUAAAAUAGUUUUAGCUGGAAACCCCUGGACCUGCUCCUGUGACCUCCUUGAUUUACAGAUAUGGCUAACUGCCUCCAGUGUGACAAUAGCCUUUCCACUGCUUGCAUCCACAGAAAAUGAAAACAACACUAUAUGUACGUUCCCAAACACCAAAGAAAAAUGCUCCAUCAAAACAGCAGCUAUUCAACCAGCUGACUGCAAAACUGAACAAGCUUCUUUGGAAAACACUGCAGCUUCCACUUCUGCCAUUAAGCUUAAAAGUAGUGCCUUCCUAACAGCUCGGACUCCAAACAUCACUGAAAACAAUGGGACGCAUGCAGAGUUACCACUUCCUGGCAAAAGCUGGACCUUCCUAGCAGGUGUCCUAGGGUUUGUUCUAAGCAUUACACUCCUGAUAUUUAUGGCUGCAAAAUGCCCAACAUGGUAUCGCUAUUUGAUAAGCUACAGUCACCGUCGUCUAGAAGAAAAUGACUCGGAGAUGUUUGAACAGGAAUUCUCAGCUGACAUGAGUUCUUUUCCUACAUUAUCGGAUACAAACAAUGAAAAUCCAAUUUCCCUUAAGAAAAUUCAUACAUUUGUGCCUGGGGAAGAUGGAUUUAUUGAGGAUAAAUACACUGAUUCUUAUGCAACUGAGGAGAGUUAAUAAUGUCUUAUGGAUGAAGAACUGAUUUCUCAAAACUGUAGUACACUUGUACUUCCGUAUUAUGCUACUUA